AUGACGCGGAACCAAACAUGCGAGAGUCGCGUUUCCUGCCCGGACCCUGAUUCCGGCAGACCUGAGGGCACAGCAUGGCGGCUGACACUACAGGCUGCUGUGUCGGCGUCCGGUCCCCUGUCCCCCCUGCCCCCCCUGCCCGAGUUCUCCCCCCGCUUCCUCCAGUGCACCUACUGCUGGACGGCUCGUAUUCCAGCCGCAGACCUUAACCUCAACCUCCUGCGUGGUGAACCUUCAGAACCUCUGUGCAGACGUGAUGAUGCGGUGGCUGAAGUCAGGCUGGACUCCCUGUACACCCCGGAGCAGCGAGACACCAUCCUGCAGCUUCUCAACACGGGCUCCGAGUCCGAGCUCGCUGCCGUCAAAAUGCUCCGGGGACGAAAAUCAGCCAACAUCGUCGCGUAUCGGGUCCGAAACGGACCCUUUAAGGAUCUGGAGAGCGUCGUGAACGUGCCACUGUUAAAGCACAAAAGCGCCGUCGUGGCCUUUAACUCCAUCCUCUGUCCGACAGAGAAGAAGGAGAAGAGGAAGGGGAAGAUUCAUCUCGCAAAGUUCAUCAGGCCCGAGGUGGAUAAGGCGCUGUUAGAGGACUCCAGCUCCAUCGUGUCCAUCGUGUGCGGGACCAACAGAAUCGCGUGGACACACAUGGACCGGGCGAUGACGGUGUUGGAGUGGCAGCAGGAGGACUGUCACAACUUCAUGAAGGGCACCUACAUGGCGUCCGGUUAUCUGGAUGACGUUUGUGGCGUGGUGUCGAACCUGCCCGCGGCGGAUUUCUACGUGGUGGAGAAGCCGAGCGUGUCGGUCCAGAACACGGCGCUGUUCCCGGUGGUGGUUCACCUGCGCACGGUGGAGGCCAUGCUGUUCGCCCUGCUGAACUCCAGGAGGUGCGCGGACGGGCCGCCCGUCGUGCUGAACAUGAUGCGCACGGCCGUGGGACGCCACUUCGGCCUGAUCGUGGGCGAGAGCCGGACGAGCGGCGCAGAGGUGGUGAGGAAGAUGAUGGCGGAGUCGGCGAUGAAGAAGAUACCGCGUGUGAUCUUCCCGAACGAGCUGCUGGUGCGCUACAGUGGAGCGUUUCACUUCAGCAGCAGGAACAAAGGACAGGAGAUGUGUGACGCCCUGCUGCAGGCCGUCGCCUUCUAUGAGCUGCUUUCAGACUCGCACUGAGACGUGUGUCUGUGUGUGUGUGUGUGCGUGCGUGUGUGUUAUAGAAAACACUUAAAAGAAACUUAAGACACGUCUUCAUCCAGUCUUUCACACAAACCUAAAGUACACUGAAUAUCAGGAUGGAUUGUAAAAAACACCACAAUAAGCCGUACUGUAGGAGUGAAAGUUUCCCACCAAGUCUUUUUGGCUUAUUGUGUAAAAUAAACACUUUUUACACCCGUCUGUGAAA